AUGGAUGUUGAUACAUGUAUACGAGAGAAUAUUGGUUGGCAAAAACUUCCGGAAGAUAUACGUGUUUUGCUUGGCAAUUCCCAGAGAGAGUACGAUAAACUUAUCCUUGAAUAUUCUAUCAAAAAUCAGUUGCGCUACAAGGGCAAUUUAGUUCGUCAUGUCAAGAAAAACGAGGAGACCUACUAUGACAUGAUUGUGAAGUACAGCGAAUCACAUCUUAUGCUCUAUCCUUACCAUCUUUCGGAUAUUAUUGUACGAGAACUCCGAAUCACUCCCUUCAACUACUAUAUAAACAUCAUCACGGACAUGAUACAAUCGGAAAAGUCGUACGAUUCCUUGCCGAAUUUCACAGCUGCUGAUGCAAUGCGACUGCUGGGUAUAGGUCGAAAUCAGUACAUUGAUCUUAUGAAUCAGAACAGGUCUAACAGGAAAUUUCUCCGUCGGAGUCGUCCUCUUCGUGAACUUUUGCCACAGAAACCAGCAAAGCGAGUGGUAGAACCCUGGUGGAUUGUGUGUGCGGGAAGUAUCCUCGAAGCCGAUAUCAAGUUGUUAACAGAAGAUGAACGCCGCGUCGUUGAUAACCUUAUAGAUGAAGGACCACAUGCGGCUGGUUUGCUUCCAGUUCCAGUUGUUCACUCAUUGCUUAACCGCGGUUUGGUAUACUUGGAUGUGCCUGUUGUUGAAUCGGACUAUGUCUACGUCGCCCCUCUUGACGGCUUUGUGAUGAACCGUGUUCUCGGAGAUUAUUUUGAAACCCUUCUGUAUAAAAUUUUUGUCGCAAUUGACGAUCAAACCACCGUUAAAGAGAUGGCUGAAAUGCUUCAUAUUGACUUUCAUCUCGUCGCUAAUGCGAUUUCCGUAUUCUGUCGUCUGGGGUUUGCAAGGAAAAGGGUUACCGGAAUGGAAACUGCACGACUUCAUUAUAGCUGGUCCGCAGAAAAUUCCACAUAUUCGAUUUCAGAUGACAUGGUAUCAUCGGUAACAGGGGAUUUGGGAGAAUUGUCUGCUUCUUUGGCUUCACCUCUUGGUGACGAUGAUGAUGAGGAACAGGCAACACAGCUCAGUAACUGCACUACGAAAGAGACGCCUACGACAGAGGUGUCAUCGUCAGUACAGAGGGCAGCAUUCCUUUUUGAUUCUUCCUUAGCAGCCUUUUUAAUGAUGGGGAAUUUGUCCAGCUCGCUGAAAGGUCACGCUGUUACACUGUUUGAAGUAGGGAAGUUGGCGGACGAACAGAUGCGUGAUUUUCUAGAACAUUUGGAAUGUGUAAAUCGUUUUGCUGAAGGAGAAGCGCAGCGAUAUUCAGAACAUGCAGUGACAUUGCUGGAUAUUCUUCGGAGUCUUCGAAAAGAAAGAGAAGUAGAUAUGCUACGGGGCGAGAGUCUGUUGAGUCUUGACCCACAGAGUCGCAUUCGAGUUCUUAGCAAGUCUUACGGCAUUCUGGUUUCCAUGGCUCCUCUAUCGUUUGAUGCAUGUACAGUACCAGCGUCCUCUUUGCCAUUUAUUGGCCCGCCGAUACCUGAAGCUUGUUCACCUUGGCUACGACUGGCAAUAUAUUUAGCAGCUGGGAGUGGACCAGCAUCUGCAUACAUUCCUAAAGGGACAAGACUAACCCGAUUACCCCCCGUUAUUUCUCAUUCCGCCCGUCUUCUCGUUUCGUCGUCAUCUCAUGAGCCACAAUUAAUGUCAACGCAUAAUGCUCUCGUAGCUCUAAAUGACAUGCUGCUCACCAUGCCACUUUUUGUGCAGGUUCGCUUACAGUGUUUUUACUUAUUACAUUUACCACUUGUUUCUGCUAAAAAUGGUAGCUUCUCGAGACAUCCCGCCGUACUCGCACUUUCAUCUCGUAUUGGUCUCAACUUCUUGUGUGGUUACAUCGUCCUCCUCAAUAAGGGACUAAAGCGGAAGCAGCCAUCGAAUAAGUCGAGGGCAACACCUUCUUAUGAUGCACUUCCAAGUGGAUUCUCGUAUGAUGAUUAUGUGCUGCUCGAUUGUGUUUUCGGGAUACCGUUGUUCAACUCGGCAUUAAACCAAGCUAUUUGCACUCGAAUGACAGAGAAAGGAAUUUUGGAACCAGACAACCACCUGUGGGUUUCAGUAGCAAGCAAUAAACUAGUUAUAGGAUGGAUACUUAGUCCCACCGAUUCUCCUUUCGAAUUCUGA